AUGAAGUGGAUUAUUGAUAAAAUCAAGAAAGAGAAGAAGAAAGAGAAAGAAAAUUUAUUCCUUACGUACGGAAUCCGACACCCCGAUGAACAAUACGCCAACGACGAUACACGUACCGAUCACAACGAAGAGUUCGCCACAGCGAUUAAGUUCUGUCAACGACAGGGACUUCUGAUCCAGGAUGAGUUACGAUCAUCAGCUGGCAAACGUGCCUGGAAACAAUCGGUGAAGAAUCCAGAGCAAGCCGCCAUCAACCUGUUCAUCAAGCGCUAUCAACCGCGCCGGGUUAUCGCCACUACAGCCUCUGCACUCUCAUUCCUACGAACAUCAUGGAAGAAUCUCGCCUUGGUCGCAGCUUUUCCCGAUGCACGCUUGGCUCUCCUCGGCGAUUUCCGCCAACUAUCACCAUUUUCCCACACCAAAAACACGAAAUCCAUCCGAAAAGCAGGAGUCGGAGAGCCGUUGUUUUGGCUCAUCGACGGAGAAAGAGUUCCGAUCGUGGAACUCACACAUGUUUGGCGUACUCAUCCGGUAACAACACGCAUCCUCUCGGAAGCGUUUUACGGAAAUUCACUUCAAACAGCCAAAAGAUCGCGCAUCCUUUAUGCAGCAGGCCAUGUGCUUCCAAGGACACCAGAAGGAAGUCGUCAUCCUGUUCCUGACGAAGACGGGCAAGGCACCAUCAGACUUCGCCAGGGACGACCUCCGCCUCAAAAGUCGCACUGUCCUGAGCCAGACAGAUCUUACCUAGAGUUUUGGUUCGUCGAUCCACUUUGGUCACGCUCAAUAACCUGGAAGUAA